AUGCCAACGCAUAUUAAGGACGCACAAGGAUCGUCCAACAACUCCUCUUCUUCCAGACAUGCGUCGAUUGUCGAAAUGUUGUCUACUCCGCCUGCGAUCCCACAGCAACCCACAGGAUCCUCGGAAGUGGAAUCGAUCUCGUUAUCCAGAAACCCAAGUCUUACGUCGCUGGACUCACAGGUGAGCACCACUACGUCGUGUCUCACCAAAAUCCAUUCUCAGAAAUGGCAGCACAUCCCGCUUUCGCAGCUGAUCGAGCCCAACAAGCUUAUCUCCGUUGACGGGUCCAUUUCCGUCGAAGAAGCGUUCAACACCCUGGUGCGCCACAAUCUCACGUCGUUGCCCGUCGAAAAAUUCCCCGGCGAUGUCGACUGCAUCACGUUUGACUACAACGACUUGAACUCCUAUUUGCUGCUCGUGCUCAACAAAAUCCAGGUCAACGACGCGCAAGUGGCACGGGACUGUCAGACGGGCAAACCCGUGCCCGUGGGCGAAAUUGUGAAACUGACGCCCAAAAACAAAUUCAACAAACUGCCCGAAACCGAAAACCUCAGCACUGCGAUCGGCAUCUUGGGCUCUGGCGUGCAUCGCGUCGCGAUCACUGACCCACAAGGCACCCAGAUCAAGGGCGUGCUGUCCCAAAGACGUCUCAUCAAGUAUCUCUGGGACAACGCGCGCCAAUUUAGCAACCUGGAAUCUCUGCUCAACUCCAGUCUCAGCGACCUCAAGAUCGGCGUGCAGGACUCCCAGACCGCCCCCACCAGCCGGCAAUCUCGCGUCAUAUCCAUCCAGGGCGAGGAACCCGUCAUCAUGGCCCUUUUCAAAAUGCACAACGAGCGCAUAUCCUCAAUCGCGGUCGUCGAUCAUCACGGUAAUUUACUCGGCAACAUCAGCGUCACGGACGUCAAACUCGUCACCAGAACUUCGCAAUAUCCACUGUUGCACAACACCUGUCGCCAUUUUAUCUCCGUAAUUCUGAACUCUAGGGGACUCGAGAUGGGGAAGGACUCUUUUCCCAUCUUUCACGUGUAUCCCAGCAGCUCUUUGGCAAGAACGCUCGCCAAAUUGGUAGCAACCAAGGCACAUCGACUCUGGAUCGUACAGCCGGACUCUGCGUCGCCUUCUACUCCAAAUUCUGCCGUCUCUAGUACCCAGCAAUCUGCGGCCAUAUCUACGUCAACACAUCACAGCGACUCUGACGUCCCAGCCAGAUCCGGAUCUCCACUCAACGUCAAGAGCAUGGAAGAACCGGCCAACACUACAAGCACCCCGCUUUUCGAAAAGGAGUACCGCACCGGAAAAUUGAUUGGUGUCGUGUCAUUGACAGACAUUCUGGGCCUGUUGGCCAGAAAACAAACAGAGCAUAAACAAGUUGAUCCGCAGACCGCGAGAAGACAGAGAGGAAGCGUCGCCAUAUAG